GGGAGUGGUUUCUUUCACACUGCUGGUGGAGCAGGCUCACUGUUUUUCCAACACGGGACGACUGUGUCUCUGAUAGCAUGUUUUAUGUGGUGCUGUUGGCAUUGGAGUUGGUGGUUGUUGGAAUUAAAGACCCUCCGGUGACAAAAACAGACACUCGAGAGACAGAGAAGAUCUUGACAAGGCAAUUUCUUUUGCUCAAAAGGGUGCAUGCACAUAUUCACUCCAGCUGAGCAGACCCAGUCGAGACCAAAACCAGGAGACCUGAUUGAGAUUUCUCGCAUUGGCUAUGCACACUGGGCCAUCUAUGUGGGAAACGGCUAUGUGGUCCACCUGACUUCCCUAAGUAAGGGCGAAAUUGCAGGGAUUGGUACAGACAGCAUCAUGUCUGCCCUGACUGACACAGCCAUAGUGAAGAAGGAACUGCUGUCUGUGGUGGCUGGGAGAGACCAGUACCGGGUCAAUAACAAACAUGAUGAUAAGUAUCUACCACUUCCUGCCACCAAAAUUGUCCAGCGGGCAAAGGAGAAGGUGGGGCAGGUGGUACACUAUUCACUGACCAGCAAGAACUGUGAGCACUUUGUGAAUGAGAUGCGGUACGGCAUUCCCAUCAGUGACCAGGUCACUGAUGUCGCCACGAAAGCAGGAGUGGCAGCAGGUGUCCUGGCUGCUGCAGGACUCUUCGGUCUCCUGCUGUUCAGAAGCAGGCGUGAAAAGCAAUAAAUCCGUGGCGUUGUCUUUGUGGCACCAGUUAGUAUGGGGGAAUUUUGCUUACUUAGUGGGAGUAAGGUUGGUUUAUUGAUUUCACUCUCUUUUGUGGUCAUGAAUGCUAAUUUUAAAUGAUCUAAAUAUAAGCACAGGAUGAUUUAUUUUGGGAAAAUACAGCGUAGUAGUAGUAGCAGUGAGAAUUCGAUUAAAGACAUAGUUUGCCCAAUGUAAAGUACUCAAUGUUUGUGUCCUCUCACCUCAAAUUCGGGAUUUGCUUUUGUCCUUAUAAGAAAAAAAAGAAGGAGUGACAAGAGCUCUGUCUGUAUUACCCUCUGCCAUGUAAAGACCUAGUGAGAAAGUAGUCAUCUGACUGCAAGGAAGGGCAUCUAUCUUGAAGAACACCAAAUAUGCUGGCACCUUGAUCUUGGUCCUCCUAGCUUCUAUGGUUUGAAUAUAGUUUGUUCCUUCCAAAAUUCAUAUUAGGAGGUGGGACCAGGAUCAAACCAUUGUAUUAAUUAAUAGAUUAAUUAAUUAAUAAUAGAUUAAUUAAUAGAUUAAUGAAUUUAUGGGCUAAUGGGUCAUCUUGAGAAUAGUCUCCUAUAAAAUCCAUUUUGGCUAGGUCUCUUGCACACUCCAUGUCUAUGGUCAUGUGAUGUCCUGCGUUACCUCAGGACUUUGCCAGCAAGAAAGCCAUCAGCAGAUGCAGCCUGUUUUCCUGGGAUCACAGCCAUGAGCACAAACACACUUCUUUUAUUUAUAACUUAUCUAGUCUAUGUAUAGCUAUAAUUUGCAGCAGAAAAUGAUGCAAAUGGAUGACACCAGCCUCCAGAGCAGUGAGAAAUAAAAGUCUGUUGUUUAAGUCACAUGGGCUGUGGCAGGUCAUUGUUGCAGCCUGAGUUAACUAACCCAAGCUUAGGGACCUUCACCCCUUUUCUGUUUUCUCUUGGAGGCUGUGAUCUUUUUAUGGUGUGAGGAUAUAUGAGAGACAGGGAAGACAGACCUGACCAUUGGGUGUGCAAAUGCUGGGAUCUCAGCAGCUGAAACUGCGUAGAAGAUUCUUAGUCAUGAAUGUGACUCUGUCAUCAGGAUCCUCUCUCUUGUCACUCCAACAAUGAUCAGUAUUAUUCUUUCCCUCUGCCGUCCACAUCUUUCCUCUGCUUUGUGUCUUCCACCUCCUCAGUGUUCAUGCUUCCCCAUCACUCCUACAGGCUAUGAUCACCAAGUCUCUGAUCCCACAUUCCUGUUACAAACCAUCUAGCUGGGGUCCUUUUGCUAAAUCAUGAAUAGGUGAGAAGCUCUUCUAUUUUUCCAGUCCUGGCCCUUCAGUGUCCAGGUCCUAAGGGUGCACUAGCAGACCUUGAGGUUCUCAGCUCCAAAUCCUGAGAGCUAGGGGCCUGUUGCUCCAGAAUUGAGAAGCUAGAAACUUACAUUUUUAGGCACUCAAGUUGGAGGCUUAUUGCUCUGGACUUUAACCACAAGCAGCCCAGCACUUGUGGUUAGCUUGUGUGCAGCUGUUGUAAUCCUUGGGCUUCCAGCAACCAUCUUUGAAAUAUUUUAGAUAAUCUACCUCUCAUGACUGGCAUUCAUUUCCAAUUAUGUUGAUUUGCAUGUGCUUAAUUUUCCCAAGGAAAACCCAUAUCAAACAUUCAGAAGGCAAUUAAAAAACCAUUUGGCGAUCUAAGAUAAAGAGUUGACAAUAGCUACAUUUUCUAUACAAUGCCAGUUAACUGCCUCAGGGGUUUCUUUCCCUGAUUGGAAAACUGCCCUCAGUGGGGCAGUUCUCAGGGGAACUUAACCUCUAUCCCUUUUGUUUUUCAGCCAGCAGGAAAAUGUGCUGAGGGACUGAACAUGUUUUCUUCUGGUAAUCUUAAGAACAGAGGCCAGCUAUUGCUAGCUAGAGAGCAAAGUAAACAGGAAUGGAGCAGUCUGUUUGUGCCAAUAUCUGCUCUGAGGGGUAGCGGUGAGAGGAAAUGCUGAGGCUACUCCCAAAACUCUGGUCCUGCUGCUUCCACUCUGACCAGUCCUUCACUGAAGGUGGGCACAAGCUGCUCUGCCUCCCUUGACUUCUCUCCUUCUCCCCAAUCUGGACUGUCCUUGCUUCUGGGUAGAAUGCAUCACCUGAAGUGGCUCAGUACCCCAUAUUACAUCUGAAGGAAGCGAGGCUCUGAGAAUCAAGGGCUUUCCCCAAGGUGGGGAAUCAUCCAACAGGUGCUUAAUCCAUGACCCUUUCUUCCCCUCUGGUUCAGAUGUCUACAGAGUGGGAGUCUUUCUGAAGGUGUUACUGGGCACAAGGGAUCUUUCUGACAAUGACAGUGGAAAUGAAACCCAUCCAGAGAAAGAAUGAACAUUUCCAGCAAAGUUUAAUUAGAGUAGGGGGGAUGGCAAGUGGGGAGUACCAUUUAUUGAUUGAGGGACAUCAGGGUGGACCUAUAGACAAAGGAUAGAAUAGUUUUUAUUUCCUGUGCAACCCCAGAGCAUGUAGGAGGGGGUCAACGUCCAGGGGUGGUGGUGGUCUGUUGGUUUUGGGCAUGGCUUUAAAAUAUUUUUUUUACUUGCAUACAAAUCACGGUUUUAGGAUGGGCAAUUGGUUUAUCUCAGGAGUUUCUGCAUUCCUUCCACUGUAUUUGUGGCUCAAGUGGUAGAGUACUUGCCUAGCAAGCCUGAAGCCCUGAGUUCAAAUACCAGUACUACCAAAAAAAUGCACGAGAUGGUAGCAAUGAAAACAGCAUGGAACCGGCACAAAACAGAUACAUAGACCAGUGGAGAAGACAGAGGACCCCCAAAUAAACCGAAGUAGCUACAGCCAUUUGAUUCUCAACAAAAGUGCCAAAAAUAUAUAUUGGCACUUUAGCAUCUUUAGCAAAUGGUAUUGGGAAAACUGGGUAUCCAUAUGUAAAGACUGAAACUAGAUCCCUAUAUCUUAUCUUGUAUAAAAAUAAAUUCAAAAUGGGUUAAUAACAUUAACAUAAGAUCUGAAAAUUUGAAACUACUGGAGGGAAAUAUAGGGAAAACAUUUGAAGAUACAGGCCUAGGCAAUGACUUUCUGAA